GUGGAAGAAUUCUUUCAUGCCUACAACAUCCAGUGCAUGCUGGACUUGUCUGUCGGUGACGGCAAGACGUGUAUGCUGGCUAUCAAGCGGAGGGCCGAGCUGGUGGGAAUCACGUUCAAUGAUCAUCACAAGGAAGGGUUGUAUCGACGACUUGAGGCUCAAGUGUUCCAGGAGUUUCAAAAAGCGGACUCUCCGCUUUAUGAGUCCGGGCUGGUUCAGCUCUUGGGGAAGAAGCGCAAGGCGGUGGCCGACGUGGCCGCGGACGGGGACGUGGCAAGGCACAGGCAG